AUGAACCUACCUCCCUCUUCCGAUAAUUCAUUCUUAUUAAUUAAACAAUUCAAAUGCCAAUAUUGGAAUAAUAUGGUUGCUCCCUCGGCUGGCAAUUUAUUCAUCACACCACGAUUUAUUUUAUUUGAAUACGAUUCAUCGCCAGCACAAACGUCCACAGGAAGGAAUAGAGGAAACUCGUCAUCGGGAUGCGGAAACGGAUCAUCAGGUUCUGGUAGCGUAGGUAGUACUGGAAGUAGUGGUGCUAGUAGUAGUGGUUUAAUGAACACAGCCACUACCAUGGUCAUGAAUACAUCCACCAACAUUUUCAACAGCGUCAAGAGUUCAACAGGAUCCUCUCCAGGAUCAAGUAAUGCCCCAAUGACCAUCUUUGGAAGUACUGAUGAGGAUUUUGUCGAUGUGACCUAUGUACCCGAAUUCAAAAACAGAGAAAUCAAAUCGAACACUUCAUGCAUUUUGAUCCCUCUGCAAGAUAUUGCUCAAUGCACAAAGAGUUCCUAUCUAUUUAAAUCCGUACUGUGGAUUCAAACUCGAAAUAACACCAGUUAUUACUUUGUGGGACUGAAAAGUAUUUCGAAUACGAGUACAAUCAUUAAUCACGUGUUGGAUCAAUUGAAAAUUCAUGAGAAAAAGAGUCAUGAAAUUUCAACCAAACGAAAAGAGCGACCUGUAGAAAUUAAAUUAGAUGAAAAUGGAUUUUUACAAGCCAUAGAGUAUGGAGAUGUUGAAGAUGAGGAGGAGCAACGAGUGAUUUAUAAUGCAAAAGGAAAAAAGAUUGAUCCCUUCGCUUAUAUUAAGAGCUUGACUCCAUCGAGUUUUAGUUUUAGUGCAAAUUCUAGUGGUAGAAGUAGUUCAAAAAUGGAAAAUUCCUCUUCUCACAAUAGCUCAACGGACAACUCUGUCACUCAUUCAAAUUCCGACAAACACAAGUCAUACACAAGUGGAUUCAAUUAUUAUCUUGGAGCAUCUCUUUCUGGAUUAUAUUCAUACAGUGUUGGGCCUGUGGUGGGUUUAUUUUACGGUUCCAGCUCCAAUACAUCCUCAACAACAGAAAAGAAAAAGAACAUUUCCGCAUUGGAUCAUUCAUCCCUGGAAAUUUUAAUUAAGAGUGACAAGUGGCACAGGAAAUAUAUCGUUUUAGAUGAAAACGGAUUUUCCAUUGUAGACCCUACUCAACAAACCAAAACACAACUAUUCCUUUUGUACAAACAAAUUACAGAUGUUACUACUGUAAAUACCUUCACCUGUAAUAUUAGUUAUCAAGAAAGCAACAAACACGAACACAAACAUAUCAAGAUUACCUCCAUUUAUUUACCUCUGAUCUUAAACAUCUUCCUUCAAGAAAAUCAAACCAUCCUCUUUUUGGAUGAAAAAGUUUCAAAAACCAUUGAGCUUGACAGUGUUCUCUCUCAACAACUCCAACACUUCGAUCAGAAUAAUGACCAAUCAUCCAUCACAGAAACAUCAAAUCCUGAGCACGAUAGUAGUGGCAAUGAAGAAUAG